AGCGACUGAUCUGAUAUCUGAUACCCACAGGACAUUCUGCAUCUGCACUCUGUAGCCGUAAUUAUCCUCUACAUCUUGCCAGCUCAAAUUCACUGAACUUCAAUGUGGUGUAUUACAAGUCAAUACAAGCAUUCUGAAAGGAAAUAAUCUGUUAAGAACUAAUUAUCAGAACUAAUCUGUAAGUUUAAAGGAACUUGGUAAAGUUAGUUGAAAUAAAUAAUUGUCAAAAUGGCGAAGAACCGUCAUUCAACUAUCAUGGACCUAGGUGAUGACGAUGACUCAAUAGUGAUAGUUGAUUCUGUGAACACAACCGUGGCUAGUUCUACAACCGCAGUUGAUUCUGUGAACACAACCGUGGCUAGUUCUACAACCGCAGCCAGUCCAAGAAAAUUUCAAAGUACUAACCCAUUACUAAACCCAAGAGAAUCGUAUAUCAAAAGAGAACAUUCCACAAGUGAGGAUUUUAUCAGGUUUAGUAAUCACAAUCUCUCAAGAAGGUUGAAGUCUGGUGUGAAAUCUGAGGAUUUUAUCAGGUUUAGUAAUCACAAUCUCUCAAGAAGGUUGAAGUCUGGUGGGAAAUCUGUUAGAAAAAGGUAUUUUAACUACAACAACUCACAAGUAAAGUCGAAUAUUUAUGGAGAAUUGUUUGAAAAUGAAGAGUUGAACCGGUUUAGUAACACAAACCAGAAUUCAUGGAACAAUGGGUCAAAUUGUACCCAAGUUUCGUCAAACAUUGGUCAAACGUCGACAAACAGUUCACAAAUUCUGGACACGACUUUGUCGAACAAUAACAGACCUUGGUCGAACGCUUCCACAAUGUUGUCAAAUGUUGUUGAAGAUGAUCCACAUGUGUUUGAACCAUCAUCUAGCAACGGAAGCAGCCCGUAUUCCCGCGUUGGAAUGAAUGUCUUCAUUCCAGGUUCGAUGUCCCCUAAAACGGGUCCCAGGCCUGUUAUCAUAGACGGGUGUAACGUGGCGUUUAGCCACGGUUGCAACACACACUUUUCAGUGAAAGGCAUCAAGAUCUGCGUGGACUACUUCCGGCGUCUGGGCAACAAGACUUAUGUGGUGCUUCCGAACCACCGCAAACGCUUUCUGGGCGACCUGGCAAACGCCUGGGAGAGAGACGGCACACUCGUCGUGACGCCCAGUCGACGCAUCAAUAACAAUUACGUCACGUCUGCUUAUGACAGGUAUGUGAUUCAGUGCGCUGCUGCUAUGGAUGGAAUAAUAGUUAGCAAGAACCAAUUCAGGGAUCUUAUGGGCAUCAACCCCUUAUGGGACGCUACCAUCGAAAAAAGGUUAUUGAUGCUGUCUUGGGUUGAAGAUAUACUGAUCUUCCCAGUUGAUCCGCUGGGAAGAAAUGGCGUAAACUUAACUUCAUUUUUAAUGUUCUAACAGGACUAUUUGG